AUGACUAGAGUCGGUGGGAUCACUCAUACUUUAUAUGUAAUUUCUUUGGAUGGUAAAAUAACUGCAAUCGAUGCUCAUGCAAAUGGUCGUCAGCUAUGGACAGCUGAUACAGGAGCACCAUUAAUUGAUUCAAGUUUAAGUAAAAUUGAAAUAUCUCGUGAAUCACGUUCAGUUCGUCUUAUUCCAUCACUUAUUGGUGGUCUUUAUGAAAAAUAUGAUGAAGAUGGACAUGUUGAACCAUUACCAUUUGAUGCCGGUGAUUUACUUGAUGCAUCAUUUAAACUUCACGAAGAAUUAGUGAUUACAGGUGGAAAACAUAUUGAUACACUUGGUCUAGAUUUACAUACUGGACAAGUACUUUAUUCAUUUUCAAAGGAUGAUCCGAAACAAACGAAUUCAAUAGAUAAUAAUCGAACAACAACAAAAACAGAUAGUACUGAUUCUAGACCAACAUUAAUUGUUAAACGAACAACACAAACUGUAAAAGCAAGAAGUGCUCGAAAUGGACACGAAAAAUGGAAUUUUAGUGUUUCAAAUCAUCACUUACUUCAUUUACGUGCUCAACCAGCUGCGGUUGUUCUUGGACAAAUUGAUGGUGAAACAGCAUUUUCUGGUUAUUUUGAAUAUCAAUUACAAACUGGUGUAGUCUUAGCAUUUGAUAAGACUGGACAUCCUACUUGGUCUUCACCAAUAAAUGCACCAAUAGCUGCUGUAUGGGAAUUAAAAAAUGGUCAAUUAAAUGAAAAAUCUUUAUUUGAAACAACAGCAUUCAAUCAUUUUUCAAGAGAUGAUUCAAUUGACGAGGAAGAUUUUGCUUCACCACCAUUAUCACGUCGUCUAGCAUUUGUUGGAGAAUUUAAUUCAACACCAUAUGUUAUUGUAUCAGCAGAUGUUCAAAAAGAAUUAAUUCAUGAUGCUAGAAAAGUUCCUGGACUAAUCGGUAACAAACGCCCAAUAUUAUCAUCUUGGCAUAAAGCAUAUCAAAAACGUACAUUAUCAAUUGGUUCUGAAAUACCCGAAAAUAAUGAUCAUAGUCGAACUAGUGAAUCAACAUCUGAUCAUAGUUUUCCAUUAGCAUUACGACCAGAUUCAACACAAUAUCAUCACACUGAUUCAUUAGCAUCAUCAUCAUCAUCUAAUAUUGAAACAUGCAAUGAAGCUGGUUAUUUACAAUUAUUUACUAAUCGAAAUGAUUAUCUUACUGAAGAACAUGAUAAGAAAAAAUUUGAAAUUAAUGUAAAUGCUCAUGUAACUGUAUAUAUACCAACAAAUACAUUAACAAUAUCAAGUAUUUUUCUUGGUGCCUUGAUUAUUUUCUUAAUGUGGUAUUUGAAACAAAAUCAAUUUCGAUUUAAACGUCAAGAAUCAAUGAUAACAGAGAGUAGUAAUAGUACAAUAUUAACUCCAUCAUCAACACCUGAAUAUUGUCAAUUAGAAAAACCAUUCAUACCACCAUUUCAAUCUAGAUAUACACUUGAAUAUGAACAUGUUCGAUUUCUUGGACGUGGUGGAUUUGGUGUUGUAUUUGAAGCAAUUAAUAAAUUAGAUCAACGAUGUGUUGCAAUUAAACGUGUUUCAUUGAAAAAAGCAUCGGGAAAAGAACGUGCAUUAAAAGAAAUUCGAUAUUUAGCUGUAUUAAAUCAUCCAAAUUUAAUACAAUAUUAUUAUGCUUGGAAUGAAAGUCCACCAGUUGGAUGGCAAGAAGAAGAAGAUAAAACAUUAUUAAUGAGAAAUAAUAUCAAUACAAGAGAUUCAAUAAGUACUUUUCCAACAUCAGCAGCAUCAGGAAAUGAUAGUGAAUCAAUAAUUCAAACAAAAAAUUCGAAAAAUUCUUCUGUACCAUCUGUGUCCAUAAUUAAACCAACAACAACUUCUCCAUCAUUAUUCGACAUAACAUUUGAUCGUUCAUCAAAUCCACUUCGUAUUGAUGAAGAUUUUUCAACGAAUAGUAUUAAUAAUAAUGAUAAUAAUAAAUCUGAUAUGAGUUUUUCAUCAUCAUCAGAUAAUCAAACAAAUAAUCAAUUAGAUGCAAAUAAUAAUAAUAAAUCAACAAAAUGUCUUCGUACAACAACAAAACGUUCUCUAUCAUCAUCAUCACCAUUAUUUGAUCAUUCAUCAGAUUCAUCAAUAUCUUCAAAUGAAUUCAAUGAAAAAACUCCAUCACAUAAAGAAGUAACAGAAAGUGAUGAUGGCAUUGUAUUUUUACAUGACGAACAACGAUCAUCAUCAACUCCAUCUCCUGUACAAACACAAACAAAAUCUUUAGUUGAAAAAAAGAAAUCAUUAACUAAUGAAAAAGAUUGUCCACCGACAUAUUUUUAUUUUGUUAUGGAAUUAUGUCAACCAGAAUCAUUACGUGAUCGUUUAAUACAGAGAACUAUUGAUCGACAUCAAGCUUGGUCCAUAUUUGAUCAAAUUACUAGGGGUAUUGAAUAUAUUCAUUCACAAAAAUUGAUUCAUCGUGAUCUAAAACCAUCGAAUAUUCUUUUUUCAAUGGAUAAUACAGUGAAAAUAGGUGACUUUGGUCUUGUAUCUGCUUUUGGUGAAGAUAAAAUAGCCAAAAAAAAGAAACGUGAUGAUGAAAAUUUUGAUCCAAUACAACAAAAUGAAACAAUAUCAAUAACAACAGAUGGCUGUGAAAAUAAUGAAGUUGGUGGUACUAUGCUUUAUAUGAGUCCGGAACAGAUAAAUCGUCAACCAUAUAAUCAAAAAGUUGAUAUCUAUGCAAUGGGUAUUAUUCUAUUUGAACUUCUUUAUCCGUUCUCGACACAAAUGGAACGUAUGCGAGCUAUAGCAAAUGUUCGUCUUCAAACACCAGUAUUUCCAAAUGAUUUUGAACGUGAUGGUAAUAAUCGUAAUCAAUUAAUUUGUCGUUUAAUUCGUUGGCUUUUAUCCUAUUCAUCACAUGAUCGUCCAAAAGCAAGUGAAUUACGUCAAGAUACAUUUUACCAACGUAUGUUACAACUUGAAGUUCCACAUCUAUUAUGUUGCGACAAUCGUCAACAAAAUCAAACUAUUGUUAAUGGACAAGAUCAAACAUUAGUAUGUUCACAACAAUCACAAUGUGGUCGAACUUCAUCAUCAUCAUUUCGCCGUACAGUUUCGUCAUCAGCUCUUCAAUCUCAUAGAGAAUCCGAUUCAGGAGAAGCAGAAAGUCUGUAA